AUGACAGAGAAUAUUACAUUGGGAGGAGGAAGUGGUAGUACAAUGUUUCCAAAUCAAAUAGUGACAGGUGCAGCCAACCCAAACCCCAAUACAUUUGCAUGCACUCAUUUCAAUGAUGAUACCUACUUUGCAUACUCUUCGUCGAGAAAUGUAUAUGUACUCAAAGGUGGUUCACUCAGAGUCAUUCAAGUACUAACAGGACACAAAACAGAUGUCACUUCAAUCGCAUGGCUAAAUUAUCAUUCAAAGUUACUCACUGCCAGUUCAACAGAGAUUUUUGUUUAUGAUAUUGUCAAAAAUCCUCAACAACCAGUUCAACCUUCAUCAUCAUCAUCAUCUGAGACAAACAAAGAUAAUAAACUUGAAUGGGAAAGAAUUAUGGUAAUACCAAAUCCAUUUGAAAUCAAUACAAUGUGUUGGUUAAAUUCGAAUUCAUUUGUGGUUGGAGGAGAGUAUUUGGCACUUUGGAAGUUGGAUUUUGAUCAGAUACACAAGCAAUAUGCAUUGACUAAACAACAGAUGCAAAAGGAACAAGAUAACCCACAGAGUGCUGCUGCUGCCAGUCUGGGACUGCACACGAGCUCGACCGCGAUGUUGGGAUCGGCAUCGUCGUAUCAGAUUAGCAACAAGGCCAACAUUGAAAGAAUGGGUCUGCGUGAACAAAAGAUAUUUAGAAAGCAGGCGACCAUUGUGUGGAGAAGCGAGUGUUCGCAGCCAGUACAUCACAUCUCGUGUUCACCCGAUGGAUCGUUGUUUGCAACGGCUGGAAAGUGCGAUCGAAUGUUAAAGGUGUGGUACAAGCAGCCCAAAGUAGCACAGACACCCGAUCAAGACGACAGCAACGCUUCCACCACCUCUACAACAUCGGCUGCAACGUCGACCAAAACAAAGGGUUACUUUAAAGACCAUUUCAAUCAACUCACGAGCAAAGAACCAAAAUUCAAAUUCACAACACAAAAACAACAGGAAAAGGAUGACGAGUUUAACCAGAACCUCGCCAAACAACAACAACAACAGAAACUUAGGGCACAGCAAAAACAGAAGCGUUUCGAGUAUGAAUCCUACGGGUUCAUCUAUCUACCACAUCCACGUGCCAUUUCUUGGAUCUCGUGGAGAAUGAGAGAUUCUUCACACCACAACAUACUCUUGACCAACUGUAAAGACGGUGUCGUUCGUCUUUGGCAACAAUCACUCCAAUCGAAUCGUCUUCAAUUCAAUGUAUCUAAUAUUAUUCAUGCUGGAACUGAAUCGGUUGAUUGGAUCAAUUGUUAUUCCCCUUUAUUUUUACAACAACAUCAUAUUUAUCAACAACAACAACAGCAACAAUCAGGUUCAUCUUCAUCAUCUUCAUCUCAACCACAAUCAUCAACUUCAUCUCAACCAUCAACUUCAUCAAAACAAACUACUACUGCUACUACUACUGAUGGAUUAGAAAUUAGACCAGAUUUAUUGACAAACUUAAAGAAUCCUAUUUUAUUAAGAUUAAAAGAAGGACAUUUAACUAGAAGUAAAUCAAUAGUUGAUUGGAUUUUAGGUGUAAAGCAAGAUGGUACACUGAUCAUGUGGAAGUUAAAGACUGAUGAUUCAACGUCGAGACAGACAUCAUCCAUAUCGAUAUGGAUCAAUUCACCACAGAUUCUAUCACCACAAGAGGUGGGUCCCAAUAGAAUCAUUGCCCUUUAUCAACCACUCUCUAUCAGUGACAACACACCAACAUCGAUCACCAUUUGUGUAAAUUCCUUUAAUGGUGCCAUUUCAUGUCGCAAAUUCUACAUUCAAAACCAAAACCAAACACAAAUAUCAAAUACUUCACCACCAAGUCGUUGUUAUGGUCACAAGAGUUCCAUUCGUUCAAUCAACGUUUCACCAGCUUCCCAUUAUCUCUCUACAGUCGAUCGUCAAAAUAAUAUCAUUCUUUGGCAAACUACCGAUGGUACCAAAAUUCAAGCUCCCUAUUAUCUAGUCGACAUUGGAUCUAUUGGUACAAGUCAUUCAAUUACUUGGUCGUCUGAAAAUAAUUUUUGUUUUUCUGCAAACAAAGAUGGAAUAUUGGUUUAUCAUAUUGAUCCACAUGAUAAUAAUAAACCAUUAAAGUUACCAAUUGGAAUUAUCGAUCAAUCAUGUAUACAAAACUCUGAUCAUGAAGAGUUUUAUGAAGAGAUACAUGUGGUUGAUUGUCAACCCCAACUAUACAGAGGUAUCAGCGGAAAGAAAAAUGCACCAAACUUUUCAUUUUUCAUUAUUGGUAUAAACAACUAUGGUGAUAAACUAACGAUUUGGGGUGUUACCGUUGACUAUAACCAAAAUGGUCCACAAACAACCGUUUCAACAUCUUCAACCACCUCUAAUUCACCAUUUUCACUUUCCUCUAAAUUGUUGGCAACCAAAACCUUUUCAAGUGAACAAAAGAUUACUUGUAUUUGUCCAACUCCAAAAGGUGUUGCUGAUAAAAUGUCAACCAUUCAAUUAUUUAAACAACAAGAAAAUCAAAAUGAAAAUGAAAAUGAAAAAGAGAAUGGUCAUGAUGAUGAUAAUAGUUCAUCAACUUCAACAAUCGAGGAAUAUGAAGAUAUUCCAUCACAUCCAAUUUGUGUUACUGGUAGUAUGGAUGGAAUUAUUACAGUAUGGUCAUUAUCAGCUUUUGAUACACCACAAGCUGACAAUCAAUCGGCAACAGGUGAUGAUGUCUAUGAUGAAUUAUUCAAGGAAAAGGAAGAUCAUGAGAAAUCUGAAGUUAAAAAUCAAGACAAUGAUGACAAUGAUGACAAAGAUCAUCAUCAAGGACCAUAUUGGAAGAUAACAGAGUUGUGUCAUCAUGCAGCAUACCAACAACCGGUUGAAUCAGUAUCACCAGCUUACUUUGGAAGAUUUGCUAGUACUCCUUCAAUGAGUGCAUUCCACAACUAUGUCAUUAAUCCAGUCAUUCACAUUUGGGAACUGGAAUCCCAUACACCAAAGUUGCAAUUGGAGGAUACUAUCAAGUUUUAUAGCGACGAAGAGUUUGAACAACAACAACAGUUGGUGUCUCUCAACAUUCCAACCUUUGCAAGUGAAGCCAACUUUUCCUACCAACAAUCGUACGAUCCGUUUGAACACCAGUCGUCAAACUCUAACUUUUCCAUAAAGAGUGGAUGUAAUUUUAGUUUUGCUACGUUUGCCGACGGUACAGUGUCGCUUGCAACUGGCUUUAAAAACACUAUCCGUGUGCUCAGAAAACCAAUUGACAGAAGUAUCGGAUCGUACAAUCGUUCAUGGAUGGAAACACACAGAUACAACGAUCUAUCGUCUCAAUGUGUGUCGAUAGUGUGGGGCAAGGACAGAGAAUUGUUUGUUGCAAGUGGUAACCAAAUAUUGGUCUUUUCAAAGUGGAUGAAACCAACCGAAGCAUUCCUUUCAAUGUAUGAAGGUAUCUAUCCAAGUAUCGAUACUGUCUACCACCAACACUCUAUCCUCUCGAGACCACUGCCAUACUACCAUCCAAAGUUGUUGACAGAGUACAUGAUGGCUGGCAAGUUUGAAAAGGUUGAAAACAUUUUAAUGUUUAUCUCUAGGUUUUUAAUCUCUAGAUUCCCAUUCCUCUUGACUGAUCCAAAUCCAGUUCAACAACAAUCAAUCUAUGAUGAUGAUGACAGUGACGAAGAAAAGGAUUAUCAUCAACAACCAAAACCAUCUUCUUCCUCUUCUACUUCAGCAGCUGAUCAAGUUGAUCUAAGUAAACCUGUAUUUAUACCAACUGUAGAUAUUGAAGAUAUGUUAUUGGAUGAAAGCGAUAGACCAAUAACCGAUGAUAAUGGCAUGGACCAUGAAACCAACAAUGGAUUCAAAGAUAAAAGACAGGAAGAAGAACAAGAAGAGUUGGUAUUGGACAAGUAUAAUAACAACCUGUCAACAUCAAAUGACGACUUGUUUAAUCAUGCAAAUCAAGAUGAAAAAUCAUUCACCAAGAAGCAAGCAGCCAAACUCAACGAAAUUCUAUCAAAUGUCAGGUUGGCCGGUCUCAACAGCGCCGAACAGAUCCAAUUGUUGGCAUUGACCGACACGUACGGUCAGAUUGGAGAGAUGAGAGGAGGGUUGGAUGAGAAUGGCCAAAGAUUCCUAUUGAAUGUCAAGAUUUACCAAUUCCUCAAACGUUCAAUGAAUCCAACAGAACGACCCAUCUCACUGAGUGCAGUUGACAUUUUAUGGGCUCUUCACUCUGAAUGUCAAGAAACAUUGCUUCAAAACUGUUUCCCAACUGAUCCACUCUGGGAAGACUAUCGUCAACUUGGUGCAGGUCUUUGGAUCAAGAAUCCAAUCACACUCAAAAACACAUUUGAAAAGCUUGCCAAGACCACCUACACUGCCAACAAGGAUCCAAGCGAGAGUGCACUCUACUAUAUUGCACUUGGUAAAAAGGGUGCUCUCGUCGCUCUACACAGAGCACACAAAGAGACCAAACAAGUCGAUUUCCUCCUUCAAGAUUUUACUCAACAGAAAUGGAUCAAUCUCGCUGCCAAGAGUGCCUAUCUACUCCAAAGUAAGCAUAGAUAUGAUUUGGCUGCAUCCAUGUUUUUGCUGGCCGGUGAUCUCAAGCAAGCCACCAACCUCAUCCUCCAAUCCAAGGGUGACUUCCAAUUGGCCUAUGCGAUUAGCAGAUUGUAUGAGGGUGAGAAUGGACCAACCUCGCGUAUGAUUCUCGAGGAGCAUGUUAUCCCCCAUGCCAAAAAGACCUAUGAUAGAUCGCUGCUCUCUGUAUGUCAAUGGUUGCUCAAAAACUAUGAAGAUUCGCUCAAGAUUCUUUUGCCUUCGACCGAGAUUAAUGAAGCUUCGAAAAAGCUAGACUAUGACCAAGUACAACACCUGUCUGCUUACAACUCUCCCACCAAUACCUCUGGAAACAACUCACCACUUCCAACCAUGGGUGGAGGAUUUGGUAGAAUCCCAUCAGUCAUUUCUCUUAGCAACUAUGCAAUGUCAUCUUCACCGCUCUUGUCUAGAAAUCAACAAACUCAAAAAUCGACUACAACCAACUCGAUUGCAUCACAACUACGUACCUCUGAAAUGGGUCCAUCGGCACUAUACUUUUUCAGAUACCUUCGUGCUCACAUUCUAUUAAAACAAUUGCCAGACGACAAGAAACAAGAUUAUCCAUUCCUCAGAUCAAGUAUCUAUUCCUAUCUUUAUAGUGGUUGUUCUCAUCUUGCUCUUGAACAUAUCAAAGAAAUUGAAGCUUCACAUCCUUUAAUUAUUCUACCAAACAAAGAAAUUGAAGAGGAAGAAGAGGAAGAAGAAGUCAAAGUGGUUGAAGAAGAAAAGAAACCAUCAUCAUCAUCAUAUGAUGAUUUGGGUUUAGAUUUUGGUGGUUCAUCAUCUUAUUUCAAUAGUAGUUCAAAGAAUAGUGGAUUGGAUGAUUUGGAUUUUGGUGGUUCAUCAUCUUAUUUCAAUGCACCAAAGAGUAGUGGAUUAGAUGAUUUAGACUUUGGAGGAGGAGCAAGUAGUACUACUACUUCAAACAAUAAUAGUAAUUACUUUGAUAUGGGAUUAGAUUUUGGUACAACAACAACCAAAAAAAUAGAUGAUUUAGGAUUAGAUUUUGGUGAUACCCAGUCCUCUACAAAGAAUGAUCUAAGAUUAACCUCUGAAAUUAAAAAUGAUGGAAAGGAAUUCAAAGAUGACACCAAAAAGAAAAAUACAUUGGAAAGAGAAAAGGUUUCAAUUUAUCCAAUUGUUGAUUUGGAAUUAAAAGCUAAAUUGGUUUUACAAGUUUUAGUAAAUAACCUUGUAAACUUUAAAGAAUCAAAUCAAUGGAAUGAAAAUGUUGAAAGAUUUGAUGAAAUGUUGUAUUUAAUGACAGAUAAAUAUGAAUUGGAAAAGAAUAUUAUCAUUGAUCGAUUAAUUGUAUUUUGUGCACACAGACAAUACUAUAAACAAAUCAUUCAUCUCUACAAUCUUUUGGGUGCAUCCAAAAACUCUGCCAAUGAUUUUAUGGAUCAAGCUUGUCAUAGUAUUCUAAAGUCUAUCUAUCGUAUCGAUGACUAUCCUCAAACCAAACAACAAACUCAACAUCUUUUGAAAUUAUCAAUUGAAUUGUAUAGUUGUAUUCCUGAUCUUAAAAAUCCUUCACUCAUCGUAAUGUCAAUUUAUAUGAUAUUAUUUUUGGCAAGUUGGGGUAAUUCUAGAUUUGAUAUUCUUUUAUCAAUUCUUUAUCAAGAAACACCGGCUGCUGCACCACCUCAACAACCAAAAAAGAAUACUUUUAAUAAUCUACAAUUCAAUCCAGUCGUUUCAAAUCAACCUCCACCCAUUGGAAGUAAUGUAGAUGUGCUCUUGAAAGCAAUUCAACAAUUAUACAAGUCUGGUGAAGGAAGUACCUUUGUCACCUAUCAAGAUGAACAACUUCAAUCUCAUCUUGAUAGUGAUGAAGAAGAUAAUGAUGAAGAUAAAUUACUUAAAUAUCAAAAAAAUAUUGAUACAAUUAAUUGUAUACAAAAAAUAUUUGAAUUAUUUUGUUUAACUAGAUUUAGAAAAGUAUAUGAUGCAGUGAUUAAAGAUUUAACCUAUCACCAUGUAUUUGAUUUAAUGCAUCAAAGAUUACAUUUCUGGUUGGUAUCGAUUCAAUCCAAGAUUCUUUCACCACCUCGAAGCAUCUAUGACACGUUUUACCGCAAACCAAGAGCACAAGCAUCGACCAAUCUCUUGGAUCUUGUAAAGACAUUCCCAGUGUUCCAUACACAACAACGUGUCGAAUUGUGGCAACACUUUAUCAAGGAGAAUGAUAAUAUCGAUCUCCUUACCAAUACCAUUCUACCCUCUGAAGACAGCACCUACAUGCCAUCAUCAUCGAGAAAGAUAAAGUUUGCCGAAGAGGCCAUUGAAUUGUAUAAAGAUGGUGAUCUCCUUCAAUCGUUUUGUGUCGAUGCCUCUCCUCCAGAAGGCACAGAUAUUCAAGUGGUUGCUGUUGCCACUACAAGAGGUAUCAGAGAAAUCGAUCUCAAGCAUAGUCCACAACAACAAUCACAACAUCAUCAUCAAGACAAUCAAUCAAGUAGUGAUGAUUUUGAUAUUGACAGUGCUGUUGCAACGUCUGGUGAAUUCCUUUCACCAACUCAGUCUGGUAGAAAAUUACGUAUCUCUGCCAAAUCAGUUUCAUCACUCAACUUUAAGGGUGGUAAACAAAAUGUUUUUAAAUCUGCUAUUUCUUCUUUAAAUGCAUCAAAACAAGUAGAUCAUAAUAUAAUUGUACAAUGUUUAGAAUCACAUCCAAGUUCAUCAUAUUAUUUAUCAGGUGGUAUUGAUGGAUCAGUAUGUUUAUGGCAAUUUGGUAUACCAGAGGCAUUGGCAGCUUACCAACUUCCAACUCGUCCAAGAGUGGUAAGAUGUAGAUUCAAUCAGAGUGGUUCAAAGUUUGGUGCAUGUGACAUGUCUGGUAAUUUGAUGUUGUGGCAAUUUGCAGCUCAAGAAGAUACACUUAGACCAUUCUAUUCGUUGCAAGCUCAUUCUAAACAAACUUUGGAUUUCACAUUUAUCAACUCUGGCAGUUUAUUGGCUACUGCCGGUAUCAGUACCAAUAGUAAAAAGGAUGUUUGUCUUUGGGAUGUAUUACUACCUCCACAUAAAUCUUUGGUUGCAAGUUAUACCGAUCAAGAAAGUGGUGCCUCUUCCAUUUCUUAUUCACCAAAACAUCAAUUAUUAGUUGUUGGUGGUAAAAAGGGUUCAAUUUCAUAUUAUGAUAUUCGUACAAAUAAGUUAUUGGAUAAUUUCAAGGGACAUACAUUAAAUACCAAGACAUUGGCGAUAGACCCAUCAGAAGAUUUUGUUGCAACUGGUAGCAGCGAUGGUAAUAUCAAGACGUGGUCACUACCAUCAAUGAAUUGUAUCUCCACUUUUGAAGAUUCACAUAGAAAGCAAACAUUUGUUCGACCAACAGGUGUUUUCAAGAGUCCAGUUAGCACAUAUGGUGUCAUCCAAGUUAGAAUGGCCAAUAACCAUAUUUAUUCCUGUGGUGCAGAUGGACGUUUAACAAAACAUGAAAGAGAAUUUGACCACGGAGCCAUAGAUAAUCAAAUCAUUAGAGAGGAUUCGCAUGAAAAUUUCUUGCUUCCUUGA